AUGCCUUCUGAUCUAAAGUCGAGCUUUAAUAUCGAGUCGCGCUUUUCUCCUCAAUUUUCGGUAUCAAAUCCAUUAUUUAUUUGUGAUGAUGGUAAUCUGAUUUGUGGACGAGAUUGUGAUGGACAAGUGCAAUUGUCAGCCUGUAAUCUCUCAGAAUCUGGAACUUAUACUAAAUUUGAGGGGUUGGAUGAAGAAAUCACUUCAUAUGUUGUUAGCCCUAAAGAUAGCUCCACACAUACAAAGGUCAUCAGUACCUUGGCUCUGAAUCAUGACGGUACACGAUUGGCUACCGGUUCAAGUGAUUCUACUAUUCGUAUUUGGCAUGUUGGUCCCGGUGAUGGUUUUGUGGCUAGUUGCAGGUCUCAUUCAACCAAAAUAACUUUACUUCGUUUCCAUCCAACCAAACCAUUCUUAAUUUCCGCUGCUCUUGGUGAACUCAGUUUCACUGUAUGGAACACUGAAACUGGUGAAUUAGUCACUAAACUUGAUGGUCAUCAAGGAAAGAUAACCGAUGUUGCUUUCUUAUCUUCGGGUAAACAAUUUGCUACCUGUGGUUACGAUAAGGUCAUAAUCAUAUGGUCGUCUGAAACCCUACAGCGUGUUAAAACGAUUCCCACUUUUGAGUGUAUUCAAUCACUCGCGUAUCUCCCACCUGGAGCCUUGAAAAAUUAUGUUCCGGUCACCGCAGGCAAGUCAAAAUCAUUUUUAGUGAGCGGUGGCCAAUGGGGAAUGGCGCGCGUUUGGGAUACGGAUACUUCUCAUUGCGUGCUAGAAGUUCGUGGACCCACUAAUUUCUCUUCCGAUACCGCUGCCCUUAAAUGUCUCGAUUUCGGACUUCACUCUAUCGAAUUCCUCUCUGUGUUUCCCGUUUCUUCUAUUUCUAGUUGUCCAAUUAUCCUUGCUCUUACGAGAGCCAGCAGUCAUGUUGAGCUGUUCGAUGCUGAUUCAUUCAAAUUGUUCCAUGAAUGUAUUGGAGAAAUAGGAUCAGUGGAUCAACUGUGUCUGAUGGGAGCAAAGAAAAACCGUUUGGUUCUGGCUGAUGUCUCUGCGAAUCUCAAACUCUUCUCAAAUCCUCCAAGCUCCAAUGCUACUGAUGGUGCCUCUUGGUCAUGCCAGCUGGUUCAAAGUCCACAUACUGGUGUUAUUGGAGAUAUGGUGGUCUCGAAUUGUGGCCUAUUUCUCCUUACAGGUGGGCAUGAUCAGGGGCUUGGUUUGUGGAAACUGGAAGAACCUGAAAAUAAAAGUGGAGGUCGUCCUAAAUUGAUUUGCAAAGUCUUCAUCCCUAGUGCUCAUGAUGCCCAUAUCUCGGCUGUCUGUUUUGCGAGAAAUAUGUCAGCUGUGUUUUCCGGUUCAACUGACGGUGUUCUCAAGAGUUGGAUUUUGAAUACUGAGUCAAGCGAGGCGUCAAAAAUGCUCCAGAUAGGUGAUGUUGUAGGAGACGCUCAUGAAGGUGCUAUUAAUUGCAUCCAUUUGUCUGCAAAUGGAAGGUCUCUGGCCACAGGCUCUCGAGAUAAAACCGCCAAGCUAUGGUCGUUGGAUGGUUUUGUGGGAGGGAAGAACCUGCAGCCAAAAUUAGUUGGAGUUUUAAAAGGACAUAGUCGUGGAGUAUGGUCUGUUCGUUUCUCUGAAUAUGACAGAAUCCUUCUCACAGCCUCUGGUGAUCAUGAUCUGCGUUUGUGGAAUCUCAAAAAUCUGUCUUGUGUUCAAACGUUCGAAGGCCAUGAAGAACCAGUUUACAGAGCUGAAUUUAUCUCCAAGGGCCGACAAAUUCUUUCAUGCGAUCAACGCGGUCUCGUUCGCCUGUGGAACUUGUCCAAAAAGAAUGAUUCCUCUAUUGUUAACACAGACCAAAGCUCCUCCAAUGUCAUUGAAGCCCAUAACGGGCGUAUUUGGGCCCUGGCUGUUUGUCCAAAUGAAUCCGGUUUCUACACGGGUGGUGAAGACGCCACUAUAUGUUUCUUCAGAAAUAAGAAAUAUCGACGUGCCUUCUAUCUUGCGGUGAAACUGGAUAAGCCACAAAAGGCCUAUGAAAUCCUUGAAGAAAUAACCUUAAUGGAGGGUCUUAUGGGUGACCAACCCGCAGGAGAGCUGCGACCUCUUGAGGCCGCACUCUUCGGUUUGAUUCCAACGCCCCUCGCUCUUGGUGAACCACCUUCAGAGGAAUUCGCCCAACGUCUUCUCAAGUAUGCCGUUCAGUGGAACACGAGGGCUCGAACCUGUCUAAUUGCACAGCGGGUCUUUAAUUGGAUUAUCUCUAAUUGGGCACCUGAGAGACUUCUCACUUGGCCAGGUAUUGGUCAUACAAUUUCCGGGUUUAUUCCUUACACUGCUCGACAUUACCAGCGUUUGAAUCGCCUUGAAGAACAAAUGACCGUCAUGGACUAUCUUUUCGACACCUCUCGAUGCAACCAAUUAUUAUCACUUGAAUAUGACGCUCCCAAGAAACAGCAAAAUUCAGAUGCAACUACGAUGGAGGUUGAUGGAAUGGAGUCGUAA